CGGGAGGGCGCAGCACAGGCACUACCUCGAGGAAGUUAGCUGCCGGAACCCAGGGAGUGGUGGAGAGGAGGUGUCUGGGGCCCUAUGGCGACUGAGGAAGCUAGCGGCAGCGACCGGAAAGGACAGGAGGUCGAGACCUCCGGCACCUAUUACCGGUUGGAGGAGGUGGCGGAGCGCAGCUCCUCGAAGGAAAUAUGGCUGGUGAUCCACGGGCGAGUCUACGAUAUCACUCGCUUCCUCAACGAGCAUCCUGGUGGAGAAGAGGUUCUGCUGGAACAAGCUGGUACAGAUGCAAGUGAAAGCUUCGAAGAUGUAGGCCACUCCUCUGAUGCCAGAGAAAUGCUAAAACAGUACUAUAUUGGCGAUGUCCAUCCGAAUGACCUUAAACCUGGAAGUGGUAGCAAGGACCCUUCGAAAAAUAAUACAUACAAAAGUUGCUGGACGUAUUGGAUUUUCCCCAUCAUAAGUGCUGUUCUCUUAGGUUUCCUGUAUCGCUACUACAAGUCAGAAAGCAAAUUCUCUUGAGGAGGUCUUGUUGAAGCCUGGAAAGAACAUCCACUUGGGAGUGAAAACUAGAGACUUGCUUGGGGGCUGAAGCAGCACCCUCUCCUUGAAUCCUGCCAGUUGUAUUCUUCCCCCUUGGAGCCAAGGUGGUUGGCCAGACAUCCACCUCAGAUCUGGAACUAGUGUCCUUCAUCUCUGAGAGCCUUACUCCCAAAGCACCUACCUACUCACUGUUCUGUGUCCUUGCCAAUAUCCUCUCUCUUUGCUGGUUUCCACGAGUACCCUUACAUUUCAAAACCUACUGAGUAAUUGCAGUUCAUAUGUUGAAGUGACAUUGCUCUUUGGUAAAACUGCCUGCUUUCCAAUACAUGAAUGCACAAUAGACAUUCUUAAUAGGGCAGCACUCCAGUUCUGAAAGCUUUUCUUUUUCCAUUUUUCUUUUAAGUAAAUAUUAUUUUAAAAUUCUGAUUUCUAUUUAUUGUAAAGGGUUUAAUUCAUGAAGUAAAGGUACACACCUGUUACUUAAAACACAACUGCCAAGUGAUCUUAUUCCUUGUUUAUAUUUGUGAAAACUAGAAAGGACUGUGUGAUCAUCUCCUCCCUCCCACGCUAGCGUAGCAGGUACCUCUUCCCAAGUGGUGCUGGACAAAACUAUGCUCCCCUGGUACUUCUUGGGGAUGAGAAGAGACCAGGAAAGGGAGGGAUGAAUUGGGGUGAUAAAACCCUGGUGAAUUCAGCAUAAUCUUUCUUUUGAAAAAUAUUGAAAAACACUACUUUAGGACAAGAGUUUAGAAAAAGCACCAAAGCUUUCAUGCUGGUUUGGUACCGGUUUCUAGCCAUUUCUCUUCCCCCCCCCUAUCUUUUACUGGUAAAAUAUAAAUGUAUAAUUAUGUCUGUAGAGCUUUACCAGGAAUUUUUGUUUAUUGAUUAGCAAAUUUUUGAUUCCCCGUUUUACAAAAGUAAAAGACUCCAAUUUGAUCUUCUGAUUGCCCCAGUGAAAUAACUUCCAUAUAAAAUGGCAUUUGAAAGUGGGAAAUCAUGACAAGAGACUGUUUUCCAUUUCAUCUGUAUUUUACCUCCAUGGCUCCCAAGUUGUGGUUUUGUUCUGUUGUUUUUCCAUUGAGAAUAAAAAAAAAACUGGUA